ACUACGACCAUGACAACGCUUAUAUUAAUUCCAAAGUGGUCAGCUCUACAUAAUUUUUACAUAUAAAUUAAUAACAACAUACUGAUCAUUUUACACAUUAUUAUGCACUGUAUCUAUAUUUUGAUAUAGAUUACAAAACGAUUACGAAGAGAACAUGCAGCGUUAUCUUUAUUGUCAAUAAGGGAGACCUCUGGAUGCCUAUAAGUGCCGGGUAACUGGAGACCUUGUCGGAGCGGCGAGGUCAGUGACAGGCAGCUUUGGGACCAUCUAGGUGUUGCGCACGUACCAAACUAAAAAAGAUCAAGCAAACUUCUUCACUGCAGUUUAGACAAAUGUAACAUGCACUAGAGAAUCUGAAACGCAACAGGGAAUACACGUAUGUGCCAAUUUAAAUUUUAUUUCACAAGAUAAAAAGGGACAUUUUUGCAGACACAUCCAAGAAAUUAACAUCGAAACCAUCUUACUUUUAAAGGGAACGCGUAGCAUAGCAGAAAACCUAUUCACUUUAUAUCGAAGCCGCAUUUGUUUCUUAGACGAGUUCGUGAAGUUACAAAGGUCGAUGAGGCUGGAAUCAGGAAAAAUGGACUUUCUGAAGAAGAUCUGGAUCGCACGCAAACUUAUUCUGGUGGUUCUGAUCCCUCUGUCCCUGCUCCCGUUGCCUCUCAUCCACCCCACCAGCGAGGCAUCAUGCGCAUACGUGCUGAUCGUGACAGCGGUGUACUGGGUGUCGGAGGCCGUGCCCUUGGGUGCUGCCGCCCUGGUUCCCGCAUUCCUCUAUCCGCUGUUCGGGGUCCUCAAGUCAAGCGAGGUCGCGGCAGAGUACUGCAAGGACACAACACUGCUGCUGAUGGGGGUGAUCUGCCUGGCCGCCUCCAUCGAGAAGUGGAACUUGCACAAGCGCAUCGCCCUGCGGAUGGUCAUGAUAGCGGGGGCCAAGCCGGGCAUGUUGGUGCUUGGCUUCAUGUGCUGCACCGUCUUCCUCUCCAUGUGGCUGAGUAACACCUCCACCACCGCCAUGGUCAUGCCCAUCGCUGAGGCCGUCCUGCAACAGCUCAUCAGCACUGGUGUGGCUGACACCCAGGAGGACGAUGACAACAUUGUGGGCCCGGAGGAGAACAGCGACAAGGAAGAAAAUCUCGACAAGAACCAGCUUGAGCUCCUAUAUCGCAGAGAGAGCUAUGUGAAGAAGGAGCACUCCACCCUGGGAGAGGAGUCCAAUGGUUUGGCCCUGAAGCUCAGCCCAAGUCAAGAGUUUCUAGAAAAAAAUAAUGGAUACCUUCCCCAGACAGCUGUCAACAUCACAGAAUCCCAGCAGCCCACGGAUCAAAACCCGUCGAGAUAUCCUACCAAGCGCGACCACAUGAUCUGCAAGUGCCUCUCCCUCAGCAUCACAUAUGCCGCCACCAUUGGAGGUCUGAUCACCAUCACGGGCACCUCCACCAACCUCAUCUUUGCUGAGCAGUUCAACAGCCGCUACCCAGAUGCGAAAGUCAUCAACUUCGGCACCUGGUUUAUCUUCAGCUUGCCGAUCUCCAUCAUCAUGCUGAUACUGACCUGGGUUUGGCUUCACUGCAUGUUCUUGGGCUGCAAUUUCAAGGAAACAUGUUCCCUCAGCAAGAAGCGGAAGACCCGGAGGGAGGAGCUAUCAGAGAAACGCAUUCAGGAGGAGUACACCAAGCUGGGACCCAUUAGCUACCCUGAGGUGGUGACGGGCAUCUUCUUCAUCCUUAUGACCCUGCUGUGGUUCACCCGGGAGCCGGGCUUUGUGCCAGGUUGGACAUCGCUCUUCGAGAAGAAAGGCUACCGGACUGAUGCCACCAUUUCUGUGCUCUUGGGCUUCUUGCUGUUCCUCAUACCAGCUCGGAAACCCUGGCCAUCAGCCUCCUCAGACAAGGCAACAGAUAGAAAUUCAGAGAAGGAGCCCAGCCCUGACCCUCUGGCUCCUAUGAUCACAUGGAAGGACUUCCAAAGCCUGAUGCCCUGGGAGAUUGUGAUCCUUGUUGGUGGAGGCUACGCCCUAGCAGCCGGCUGCAAGGUAUCAGGGCUGUCAGUCUGGAUUGGGCGGCAGCUGGAGCCCAUGAGUGGUCUUCCACCCUGGGCGGUGACCCUCCUGGCCUGCCUGCUGGUCUCUGGUGUCACGGAGUUUGCAAGCAACCCUGCCACACUCACCGUCUUCCUGCCCAUACUCUCCACACUGUCGGAAACCCUGCACAUAAACCCGCUCCACACGCUAAUUCCCUGCACCAUGUGUGUGUCGUUUGGGGUCAUGCUGCCAGUGGGAAACCCGCCCAACGCCAUUGUCUUCAGUUACGGACACGUGCAGAUUAGCGAUAUGGUGAAGGCCGGCUUCGGGGUUAACCUGAUCGGGGUGAUGGUUGUGAUGCUGGCCAUCAUGACCUGGGGUGGCCCCCUUUUCCAGCUGACGGAGUUUCCCGAGUGGGUGAUCACGAGAAAUAUCACUAGGAGUUUAUAGCCACAAGGGGGCGCAAGAAGGCAAAGAGGAAAACGGUCUGCUGGAAUUCAUAACGCGGCCUCUGAAAGACGACCCCGUAAUGAACAGGACUGCAAAAUCUCAUAACCUGACAAAAAUUGUAUCCCCUUUUCCAUGUGGAGUGACAGGGUGGGAAUAUAGAAUCACGGGGAAUGAAAACAUGCAGCGUUGAAAGCUGUAAUCAGAAAAGACCAACAUUUAAAAUUAAUUAUAUGAAAGUCACAGAGAGGACUGAGUGCGCUGGAAAGUUACACAAAACAUUAUUUUACCUCUUAACGUACUUGUCAGAAAUUUUAAUAUUGUUCACAUUUUUAAUCAAACACCAAACGUUUGUGUACGUAGUUGCAUAACAUCUGUAAUAUCCCUGGCUUGUUGUGUCAAGUAAUAGAUAAACAUCCAUUUGUGUUUGUUUUUUUUAUAUCCAAGCAAAUAAACAUCACAGAUUUGUUGUGUGAAAACAGGAUUAGGCAGAGAUCAGUUACAGACUCAACCAAAUAUAAGCCACAUGUUGCAGUUAUAAGCAAACAAUCAUUAAUUAUUUUAAAUAACACAUUGAACCUCUUGAGAUAGACAUAUAUAAAAAAGUAAUGGUUACUAAACACUUACAAAC